GCGGAUCGUUAGGAAAGAUUAGAUGAAUGUGAUCAUUUAAUGUUUGAGCCUUUUUUGGGCUUGCAAUCGCUGAUACAACCUUUAAGAUUAGAUGCUUCAGUCUAUCUCAUGAGACCUGUUAAUAUUAGAUGAUUUAAUCUCAUGAGACGUGUUGUGUGGUUGACGUGGCCCUCUUUGUUGUUUGUCUUUCUGUUGUGUUUUGUGCUGUUAGUUGUUUUUGGAUGCAUGCCUUGUCCUGUUGAGUUCCCACACCAUUGUACCAAGGCCAUAAUUAGUCCUGUGCAUUACUCUGCAUUGUAUUGAUCUUCAGCUCUAUCUGUGCUGCCUUAUCCGUUUUAAGGGAGAUCCUUUAUAUCCACCAUUUCUCUAGAAUAUACUUGUUAUAUAAAUAAUUGCUAUUCUCUGCUCAUCUGCUUAAUAUCUGUAUCCAUUAGUUGAUUUAAUUCGUGUGGAAUUGAUUCCCACACCACAGUCAAGACAGUCCUGCACAAUAUUGAGCAUAUUUUGGUGACAGACUUGUCAAUCCAGCACAGUAAUUGGGGCGACCACCAUGGCUGAAAGGGAGGAUUUUGACAAUGGCUGGGACUUCAUCAGUGACCUUGAGGUGAAGGCCGUGAGGGAGUUCAGUGAAUCCCUGGAGACCCAGAACAUCACAUCAGCCGUUCAAAGGAUCCAGACUUACUUCCGGGACCUGGACGAGGUGUUGCUGAACAUUGCGGUCACGGGGGAGUCCGGGUCUGGCAAAUCCUCAUUUGUGAAUGCCCUCCGGGGCUUGGGGGAUGAGGAGGAGAUGUCCGCUCCAACUGGAGUGGUGGAGACCACCACAGAGCCAACGGCCUACCCCCACCCCAAGUACCCGAACGUCAUCUUGUGGGACUUGCCAGGGGUUGGGACACAGAAUUUUAAGGCAGACACAUAUCUCGAGCAGGUUGAGUUUGACAGAUAUGACUUUUUCAUCAUCAUUGCAUCAGAGCGUUUUAGAAGCAGCAAUGUUGACCUGGCCACUCAAAUCCAGAAGAUGAAGAAGAAGUUCUACUUUGUGCGCUCGAAGAUUGACGUGGACGUUCAGGCCGAGAAAAGGAGGAAGAGCUUCGAUCAAAAGUUGGUUCUUGAUCGAAUAAGACAGGACUGCAUUCAGGGGCUGGUGAAGAAUGGUGUGGAUCAUCCUGCAGUCUUCCUCAUCUCCAGCUAUGAACUUGGCAACUAUGACAUCAAUGCCCUGCAGGACACUAUGGAGAAGGAGUUGCCUGACCACAAGCGUGACAUGCUUCUACUUGCUCUGCCUAACGUCACCAUGAAGAUCCACCAGAAGAAGAGAGAAGCUCUAGGGGCUAGAGUGUGGAAGAUGGCUUUGUUGUCUGCAGGCAUAGCAGCAGUUCCAAUCCCAGGCCUCUCUAUCUGUACCGAUGUGGCAAUACUGGUGACAGAAAUCAAGGAGUACUACCAGGCCUUCGGUUUGGAUGAGGAAUCCUUGGAGAACCUCUCCAGUCAGAUGGAGGUGCCGGUGGAGGAGUUUAGGGCUUGUCUCAAGUCUCCUCUGAGUAAGGAGAUCAGUGCUGAUGUGGUGGUGAAGAUGCUGACCAAGGCGGCAGGAGCGGGUAUGAUGGUAGCUGGGCACGUUUUCAACAUGUUGCCCCUGCUGGGCUCUUUGCCUGCCGGGGCUUUGUCUUUUGCCUCCACCAAACUCAUGCUGGAGAGCUGCCUCAAAGAGCUGGCUGCUGAUGCACAGAGUGUCCUGAUGAGGGCGCUGCAAACUGAAGUUUGAGUAACUACAAGUGGACUCACAGCAACGCACAGAUGUAGAGUGAUUUUAACUGUGGCUUCAUGCUCCUUUAUACAUGAUAUAAUGAGUUUAUGUAACAAUGUAUAGUCUAUUGUAUGCUUAUGUCACGUGUUUCUUGGUGUUUUAUGCCCCCAACGUUGUCUUCAAGGCAUGGGUUGGGGUUAGGAAAAGGGUUGGGGUUAGGGUUAGGGUAAGGUGUUUUAAAGUCGACGGUGGCAGCGCUGCCUGGAAGACGACGUUGGGGGCAUAAAACAGCAUCGAGCAGGUCACGUGGUCGCCAUUUUGAGCAUUUUCUGUGCGAAAACAAGGGUUUGGUGGUAGACAUGCUGCUGCGCUACAUUCACUUACAAUGUUUUUACAGUUUGUGAUGCUUUGACAACAAUGCUGAUGGCUUGGAUGAAAAACUUUGUGUCUUUAAUAUUAAUGUUCACAAUGAUGGAUAUCAAAACAUGGGCUAAUGAAGGAAAUCGGAUCCUGAGAUCAGUAUAACAGGAUAUAUUAAUAGGAUAGAGGGCUACAUCAUCACCUAUAUAAAAGGGUAGAGAACGAUUGGUGUGCUAUCUCAAAAUAUGGUACAGCAUCUCGCUAUAUUUUGGCAGUCCACUGUAUCUUUUGGGCACCAAAACUAGUAAUUAGUUCCGUUGCAGGUAAGUAAUUAGCUAUUAGUCUAAUUACUCACAGAAACUUUCAGAACUUCUGAACCUCCAAAGCAUCAUGAUCAUGCAGAAAAUACUGAAAAUGACGACCGUGUGCCUUGAGCAUAUAACAGUACUUUGGGAAACACUAGUAAACAGCUUUAUCACUCUUCAUAAGCAUUUAUAAGAGGUUUAUAACAGUGCUUUGUAUGUUGAAGCUUUACAGUACUUCCAAGUAAACAAUGAAAGUCAUACAAGCUCUGCCUUCAGUAUCGUAGAGGUUUCAGAAGUUCAGAAGUGUUAAUGUUUACACAGUAAUAGUGUUGGAAGGUUGUGCCAAUCAUGUCAAACUCCACCUGUGUUCAACUCUCAUCCAACCCAGGUGAAGAGGUGGGUCUAUUAGAUUGUUCACUGUGGGAAUGUCAAGUACUCAGGGGUGGGGUGAUUAAAAACAUGUGAUUUGUC